AUGUCGCAGCCGAGCGUGACGCUGUGCGUCCAGAACAUCAACUACAGCAUCGUCAAGAAGGACGAGGCCCGACGAGCGCUGUACUGCCUGUUCGGCUCGUACGGCAAGGUCAUCGACGUCGUCUACACGCGCGCGGCCAAGGUGCGCGGCACGGCCUUUGUCGUCUUCCGCGACCUCGCCAGCAGCACGGCCGCCAUGAGGGGGCUCGACGGCGAGAGCUUCUACGGCAAGAGCCUGCGCAUCUCGUACGCCAAGUCGACCUCGCACGCGACCGUCGGCCAGACCGAGGGCCCCGAAGCCGUCUACGCCAUCAAGCUCGGCCUGCGAGACGUCGACGGCAACACGGCCAACGGCAACAAGACCAAGUUGACCGUGUCGGGCGCGCAGAAGAAGCUCAGCGACGACCGGCGGGAGAAGCGGGCGCGGGACAACGAGGAGGAGGAGGAGGAGGACGAGAGCAGUGACGAGGACGGGCCGGCCGAGAGGAAGAAGGGUCGGCAGGACGAGGACGAUGGCGAUGAGGCGAUGAUGGAGGAGUCGGACGACGAGGACGCACCAGGUCCGGCGGCGGCAGCAGGAGAGGGCAGUGGUUCGAGCCCGUCGCUGCAGGUCGAGGGCCUGCCGGCAGAGGUGACGACCGAGAUGCUCACGGCGCUCUUCCAGCAGUAUCCCGGCCUCGCCACGGUCCGCCUGAACCCGACCUUGCCCGACGCCGCACCCAAGAGCGGCAGCGCCCUCGUCCAGUUCGAGAGCGCGGCGCAGGCAAGCGUCGCCAAGGACGCGCUCGAUGGCUUCCUCGUCGACCGCGACGCGCCGAUCCAGGUGCACUUCGCUGCGAGCGCGUGA